AUGGCAUCUGGAAGUGGCCGCGGAAGAGGCCGUGGAUCAGGAUCCAACAACAGUGGCGGAAGAACUCAGGAAUACUUUGGUACAAUUCAACCGGAUCUCUUCGUUCGUCAACCAGGAGAACCGAAAAUCGGGCAUUCCGGGCGUCCGCAGAAAUGCUUCGCCAACUUCAUUCCGAUCGAAAUGGAGAAGGCCGACUACAGCAUCUACCAAUUCCACAUUGAGUUCGACCCAACUGUUGAUCACAAACACACUCGAGAGAAAAUGCUUCUUCAUCCAAAUGUUGUUGAUGAGAUUGGAAACUAUCAUGUUUUCGACGGGAUGAUUCUUUAUCUGACCCAAGAGUGGCAACAAAACCAAGAAAUCGAGGUUCCACAUCCGAACACUGGAGAACUUAUCCGCGUAAUUUUUAAGCAAACCAAUCGUUUUUUGCUAGACAAUGCCCAGACCAUCAACAUCUUCAAUACCAUUGUCCGUCGUUGUUUCGAUGAGAUGGGGUUGACCCAACUUGGACGUCACUACUUCAACUCAAAAGAUGCUAGAAAUGUGCGCGAGUACAACAUGAGCAUUCUGCCAGGGUUCGAGACUGCCAUUCGCAUGUACGAGAAUCAGUUGAUGCUCUGCGUUGAGAACCGUUUCAAAAUGGUCCGCAGAGACUCGAUGUACGAUUUGCUCCAGAGGGAAAUGCAAGCCAGCAACAACAACAGUCAGCGUGUGCUCGAGAAAAUGAAUGAGAUGUAUGGUGGUACCACUAUCAUCACCUUGUACAACAACAAGCUCCAUCGCUUCACGAGACUGGAUUCGUCCAUCACUCCUUUGAGUGAAUUCCAAAAAGACGGGCAAUCAAUCACUCUCAAGGAUUACUUCAAACAGCAGUACAACAAGGACAUCCGCAUUGAUAAUCAGCCAAUCAUCAUCUGCGAAGGAAAGCCAAAGCAGCCGGGAGAGCCACCACAGGUCAACUACAUCGUGCCAGAGCUCUGCUACCCAACUGGCUUGACUGACGAGAUGAGAAAGGAUUUCCGAAUGAUGAAAGAGAUCGCUUCGCAUACUCGUUUGUCUCCACAACAGCGUUUGGAUGAGACGAGAAAACUUGUGAAAGAAUUCCACAACAACGUUAGGGUGCGAGAUUGCCUCGUCUAUUGGGGUAUUCGUCUUGCUGAUGAUCUUGCAAAUGUGAGCGCCAGAGUUCUCAAACCAGAGCCGUUGCAUGUGGAAGGUACCAAAAAGUACGAAGGAAGAAACGCCGAGUGGGCUCGUGGUGUCAAGGAUAGUGGUAUCUACCGUGGUUCUGACAUGACAAAUUGGAUUGUGGUUGGACCAAAUACCGGAAGCUCAGGAAUUCUCUGUCAAAGGUUCAUUGGCGAAGCAGGCAGACUUGGAAAUACUCUUCGAGUGCAAAUUGGAGAUCCUUUGUGUGUCCCACUCAACGGAGUAUCUCCCAAUGACUACUUGGAAGGCGUUAAAAAGGCUAUCAAGCAAGUUGCUGGUGCGCAAGUUCACAUGCUCGUCGUCAUGUUGGCGGAUGACAACAAAACUAGAUACGACAGUCUCAAGAAGUAUCUCUGUGUUGAGUGCCCGAUCCCCAAUCAGUGUAUCAAUCUUCGUACUCUUGCUGGCAAGUCGUCGGAUGGAGGAGAGAACAAAAACUUUGGUUCCAUUGUUCUGAAAAUCGUCUUGCAAAUGGUGUGCAAAACUGGUGGAGCUCUUUGGAGAGUCAACAUUCCGAUGCAAGACACUAUGAUUGUUGGAUAUGAUCUCUAUCAUGAUUCCACAUUGAAAGGAAAGACAGUCGGUGCUUGUGUCUCAACGACAUCUUCAGAAUUCACAAAGUUCUACUCUCAAACCAGACCUCACGAGAAUCCAACACAACUGGGUAACAAUCUCACCCAUUUCGUUCGAAAGGCUCUGAAGAAGUACUACGACGGAAACAACAAUACACUUCCAUCCAAAUUGGUUCUCUACAGAGAUGGUGCUGGAGAUGGUCAAAUUCCAUACAUCAAGAACACUGAGGUGAAACUUGUUCGUGAGGCUUGUGACCAGGUUACACUUCGAGCUGCUCAAAUGAACAACAAGGAGCAUAAGCCAAUCAAGUUGGCAUUCAUCAUUGUCACCAAGCGUGUGAACAUGAGAAUCCUCAAACAAGGUGCCUCUGGAAAUCAAGCCGUCAACCCAGAUCCAGGAACGGUUGUCGACACUACCGUGACUCGUCCAGAAAGAAUGGACUUCUACUUGGUCCCACAGUUUGUUAACCAAGGAACUGUCACUCCAGUUUCCUACAACAUCAUUUACGACGACACAGGACUUGGCCCAGACAAGCACCAACAGCUCGCCUUCAAAUUGUGUCAUCUGUAUUACAAUUGGCAAGGAACAGUUCGCGUCCCAGCUCCAUGUCAAUAUGCACACAAGCUCGCUUUCCUCACUGCUCAGUCGCUUCAUGGAGACUCCGAUGAGCAGCUCCGCGACAAGCUCUUCUUCUUGUAA